UCUUUAACAUUUUUUUGUUUUCUUUUCUUGAAUCGUUACAUCACAGAAUACAAAAAAAAUACAAGUGUUCUUGAUUCUUUCUUCCAUAUCGAAAGAUGGGUAGAGUAGCGAGAUGGUUUAAGGGUUUGUUUGGUUUAAAGAAGAGUAUAGAAAGAAGCGGUGGUUCCGACAAAGGCGGCGACCAUUCCGGCGACUUCAAUGCUCUGAAGGAGGACUCUGUUUGGUUGAGGACUUAUCUUACGGAUACAGAAAAAGAACAGAACAAGAACGCGAUUGCGGUUGCAAACGCUGCUGCUUCAGCCGCGGAAGCAGCGGUUUCGUCGGCUAAAGCGGCUGCGGAGACAGUGGUUAGACUGUCUAGUGAAGGAAGAGCGGGAGAUGUCAUCAAGAGGCAAGACCGGUGGGCUGCGGUGAAAAUACAAAAAGUCUUCAGGGGCUCUUUGGCGAGGAAAGCAUUAAGAGCUUUGAAAGGUAUAGUGAAGCUACAAGCUCUAGUGAGAGGAUACUUGGUAAGGAAACGCGCCGCUGCGAUGCUUCAGAGCAUACAAGCUCUAAUCAGAGUCCAAACCGCUAUGCGAUCUAAACGUAUCAGCCGCUGCCUUAAUAAAGAUUACGGCAGCAACAAGUUUCAACCUCGACAGUCCCUUGAUAAGUAUGAUGAAGGGGCGUGCGAUGAGAGGAGUCGGAAAGUUGUAGAGAUUGAUGAUAUAUACAAGAGGAGAUCGAGUUCGAGAUCGAAGUCUAGACAAGUGCACAAUGUUGUUGCAAUGUCUGAAUAUGAGGACGAUUGUGUUUACAAAGGGAAUGAUUUGGAGUUGAGUUUCUCAGAUGAGAAGUGGAAGUUUGCUUCGGCACAGAACACUCCAAGAUUGAUGCACCACCAUGCUGCUAAUAAUCGCUACUAUGCAAUGCAGUCUCCUGCUAAGAUUGUUUGUAGAAACACAUCGUGCGACUAUGGAAGUGGUUUGAGUACUCCUGGCUACAUGGAGAAAACAAAGUCGUUUAAGGCCAAGGUGCGUUCGCUCAGCGUGCCGCGUCAGCGAUCUGAGAGGCAGAGGCUGUCGCUAGAUGAAGUUAUGGCGUAUAAGAGUAGCGUUAGCAGCGUGAGUAUGUUGCAGCAGCAACCGCCACGCUAUUCUUGUUCCUAUGACCUGAUUUGAGGAGUUGUUAUCAUUUUUAAGCAUCCUUUUCUUUUUGUUUUUGUUGGCCAUCUUAACAUUGUACAUUUCUUUCUCAUGAUUUUAUAGAACAGUCUCUUCCUCAUUAAUUUAGCAAUUUAUUUUAGAUAA